UCAAACCGGAUAUUACUAAUCGUUCGUCACGCAUGCGGAAUCCACUCGGGAACUGUCAUUGGCAACAGAGUGCGGAUAGCAGUCGACAACAGUCUUUCUAAGAAUGGCGACUGAAGUAGAAGAAACUCUGAAGAGGAUCCAGGCACACAAAGGUGUGAUCGGCAUCAUUGUUGUAAAUACUGAUGGAAUGCCAAUUAGAACAACACUUGAUAAUUCCACAACAGUGCAAUUUGCUAGUUUACUGACCAAUCUAACGCAGAAGGCACGCAGUGUGGUUCGAGAUAUUGACCCCCAAAAUGACCUUACAUUUCUGCGUGUCCGAUCGAGGAAACAUGAAAUUAUGGUUGCACCAGAAAAAGACUACCUAUUAAUAGCUAUACAGAACCCUCAGGAGACGUGAAUACACCCAAGGACCCUGGACUAUGUCAGACUUAACUUUGUCGCACGAGCCGCCAAAGCAUCCGGAUAUUAUAUUAUUAAUUCACCAGUUGUGCUGUCAUUUUUAUUUCAUAAUGAAUUAAGUCCAGCCAGAAAUGGAAAAUUUUUAUUUUUUUGUUGGAUUUCCAGAUAUGUUCAAAACUCAUGUUACUUUCAUGCCUUAAACACUCUAUGUUAAGUCAAAACAGAUAUUGAAUUUCAGUUUCUUAAUAUUUUAAAUCAAGUUGACCCUCUACUUGUCAGCCUGCUUUUUGAAAGUUUUAGGAAGAAAAGGGACCAAUGAAACUUUUGACAGCUUACUUAUUGUAAGGCCUCGACGGCCAGUUACAGCAUUGGCAGUAAUCUCCAUUUCUUCUGUGUAUGAAGUUCCUGCAUCAAGUUGAAUAGAUUUGAACAUUCCUUUAGUGAAGAAGUAAACAAACUGUGAUAUCUGUAUUGUGUAUUCACAGGUGCUUGAAUUGACACCUUUCUCCCAAAAAAUCUCUUAGUAAGACCAUUAUUUUACAUGUAUCGUGAUAGUUUCAUUCAAGGAUUUUUUAUUACAGCAUUAUGAAAUUGUUCACAAUCAUUCAGGCACCAGUGGUAUUUGUCAAAGAAGUUGCCUCUUAGGAUAAAAUACAUUUGGAUCUAGAUCUGCUUACUUUUGUAACAGUGAUCUGUCUUAUACAAUUCUCUCCGAUCUGUAGCUUACAAAUAAUAUUGUCAUUUCUGAUGUCAAUUGAUGUUGAAUCAAAUGUAAAUAUUCUGUAGGUUUUUGACUUUACAUUAUUUAUUAGCUUGUGCAUGAAGGUAUUUCCCCUGUACCUAUGUAAUUAUAUAGCGAUGUAAUUUUGCAUAUUGCAAGCAUUUCCCAUUUUCACUAAGAAUUCAGAAUAAAUUGAAUAUAUACUGUGAA